AUUGUUGCUUAGUGCCACGUUGAUGGAGACCAGUGGGGACGUGGAAAUCUGUCUUGAGUCGGCAGCCGGGACCCGGUAGCCCGUUCUUCUGUGUAGUCGUUAAUCCGUGAGCGGAACCGAAACGGGACCUAUUUCUGACGGAACGUGUCCGUGUUUGCCUUCUGUUCUAUGUCAGCGUUCAUGUGAGAGGCAGCAAAGAGAAGAAGGAUGAAACUUAAGGAGAUAAACCGCACAGCCAUCCAGAGCUGGAGUCCUGCACAGCACCACCCCAUCUACCUGGCCACAGGAACUUCGGCCCAGCAGCUGGACGCCUCCUUCAGCACCAAUGCCUCCCUGGAGUUCUUUGAGCUGGACUUGGCCGAGCCGUCUCUGGACAUGAAGUCAUGUGGCAGCUUCACCUCCACUCACAGAUACCACAAACUGGUGUGGGGUCCCUUUGGUAUGGAGACUGGGGGCCACCAGUCCGGCAUCCUCAUCGCAGGGGGCGAGAACGGUGACAUCAUCCUCUACGACCCCGGAAAGAUCAUGGCCGGAGAGAGCGACGUCAUCAUCGCUGAGGGUGACAGACACACGGGGCCGGUGAGAGCUCUGGACAUCAACCCGUUCCAGACCAACCUGGUGGCGUCAGGUGGGAACGAGUCUGAGAUUUAUAUCUGGGACCUGAAUAACUUUGGUUCUCCGAUGACACCUGGACCUAAAACCCAGCCUCUGGAGGACAUCAGCUGUGUGGCGUGGAACAGGCAGGUUCAGCACAUCCUGGCCUCCGCCAGCCCGAGCGGCCGGGCUUCAGUCUGGGACCUCCGCAAGAAUGACCUCAUCAUCAAAGUCAGCGACCACAGCAACAGAAUGCAUUGUUCUGGCUUGGCCUGGAACCCAGAGGUGGCCACUCAGAUGGUCUUGGCCUCGGAGGACGACCGGAUGCCCGUCAUCCAGAUGUGGGACCUGCGUUUUGCUACCUCUCCUCUCAAGAUCCUAGAGCAUCACACACGCGGUGUCUUGGCCGUCGCCUGGAGCCUGGCUGAUCCUGAGCUGCUACUGAGUUGUGGGAAGGACAGCAGGAUUCUGUGUUGGAAUCCAAACACAGGCGAGGUGCUGUACGAGCUGCCCACGAGCAUCCAGUGGUGCUUCGACAUCCAGUGGUGUCCCAGAAACCCAGCAGUUCUGUCAGCUGCAGGCUUCGAUGGACGCAUCGACAUUUACUCCAUCAUGGGAGGCAGCAGCCAGGCGCAGAGCCAGAGACACGCCGACCAAAUCAGUAAUUCAUUUGGGAACAUGGAUCCCUUUGGGACGGGACAGACGCUGCCUCCUCUCCAGUUUCCCCAGACCACCGCCCCUCCAGCUACAGUCAACCCUCUGAAGAAGCCCCCCAAGUGGAUCCGCAGACCUGUGGCAGCAACGUUUGCUUUCGGAGGAAAGCUGGUAUGUGUGGAGAACGCCAAGGCUCAGCAGCCUCAGGAGCCCACCUCACAUGUGGUGCGCAUCAGUCAGGUCGUCACGGAAACGGCUUUUCUGAAGCGCUCUGAUCAGCUGCAGGCCACUCUGAGCUCAGGCGGCUUUGUGGACUUCUGCCAAGAAAAGAUCGAUGCUGCUGAGAAUGAGUUUGAUAAGACUGUUUGGUCUUUCCUCAAGGCUAAUUUUGAGAGCGAUAUUCGCAGCAAGUAUCUGGAACUUCUGGGUUACAACAAAGAGGAGCUGGCCUUAAAGAUUUCAGCAGCUUUAGAGGAAAAACCUGCAGCGCCUCCAGCGUUGGAAGUUCCUGCUCCUGCAUCCCUGCAGUCGUUGGCAGACCUUAGCUUCAUGCCGCCUGCUGACAAUCCAGAGGCGGCGUUUGACUUGAUCGCUGCUGCAACCCUCCAGUCCGCUGCUGCUGACCUCCAGCCCACUGCUGCUGACCUCCAGCCCGCUGCUGUAGACCUCCAGCCCACUGCUGCUGACCUCCAGCCCGCUGCUGUAGACCUUCAGUCCGCUGCUGUAGACCUCCAGCCCGCUGCUGCCACUCUGGAGCUGGACUCCACUCCUGUGGUAGAGACGGAGUUGGAGGAACCAGCAGAACAAGAGGCUCAGCCAGAAGAUGCUCCUAGCAGUGAAGCAGGUGUGAAUGUGGAUGCGGUUCUCCGAGAGGAGGCUGAGGAGAAGGAGGAGGAAGAAGAGGAUGUGGAGGAGGAGAUUCCACUGGAUGAGGAGACGACAGCACCAGUGGAGGUGGAGGUGGAGGAGAGCAGUCCUGUUGAUACUCCAGCUGAGAUCCCGACUCCAGUUCCAACUCCUGCAGGAGGAGUCGCUCUCAGCAUCAGUCAAGAUGUGGACGGGCUGAUCACCCAGGCUCUGCUCACCGGAGACUUUGAGGGAGCAGUGGAGCUCUGUCUCCAUGACAACCGGAUGGCAGACAGUAUCAUUCUGGCCAUCGCCGGAGGGGCCGAACUCUUAGAGAGAACCCAGAUGAAGUAUUUCACAAAAACACACAGCAAGAUAACCAAGCUGAUCAGUGCCGUGGUCAUGAAGGAUUGGCAUGACAUCCUGCAGACAUGUGAGCUGCAGAGCUGGAAGGAAGCUCUGGCAGCUGUCAUGACCUACGCUCAGCCUGAGGAAUUCUCCUCACUCUGUGACCUUCUUGGAGGCAGACUGGAGGCAGCAGAGGACGCUCGGCUGCAGUCUCAAGCCUGUCUGUGCUACAUCUGCGCCGGCAACGUGGAGAAGCUGGUCUCCUGCUGGAGCCGAGCUCAAGAUGGACAUUCUCCUCUUUCCCUGCAGGACCUGGUGGAGAAGGUGGUGGUGUUGCGUCGUGCCGUGGAGCUGACCCAGCGCUCUGGUCCUGCUGCCAUUGGCAUCCUGCUGGCUGAGAAGAUGAGCCAGUAUGCCGGUCUGCUGGCCUCGCAGGGCAGUCUGUCCACUGCCAUCACAUACCUGCCCGACAACACCAACCAAGUUGCCGUGCAGCAGCUUCGUGACCGUCUCAGUCGGGCUCUGGGUCAGCAGGUGGCAGCAUCUCCUGCACAGACCCAAAGAGCUCCAUCCCAGCAGGGCUCAGCGCGGCCCCAGCACCGUUACCCCCAGGCCCAGCCCGCCGUGGUGCCCCAGCCCGCCGUGGUGCCCCAGCCCGCCGUGGUGCCCCAGCACGCUGCUCCUGCUCCAACCCCGGGACCGGGGCCAGUACCAGGACCUGCGACCGCCUCCGCCCCAGCACAGCCUCAGUACUACCAACCAGUGAGGGCUGCCUCCACUGUCACCUCCUGGAGUAACCAAACUCCCACAGCCCUCCCUAAUGUCCCUCCUCCUCCUCUUCAAGUAGGCAGCGCCUCCGAACCGCAGGUGGAGCCUCUGAGCCCCAUGUACGGGAUGCCGGCCUCCGGCACAGCGGCGCCUCCUCCGGCCUCCUCCACUCCGGCGUACAUGUACUCCCAUCAGUACCAGCCCUACCCCCAGGUCAGCCAGUACCCAGCUGGAGCUGGGGGGGGCGCUAUCUAUCAGCCUCUUCAGUACUCUGCUCCUCCUCCUGAGCCCUCCUCUCCUCCUCACCCCCCCGGCUUCCUCUCUCAGUACACUCAGCCCAUCCCGUCUCAGCCUGUACCUCCUCUCUAUCCCGGUCAGCCUCCUGUCAGUCAGUGCCUGUCCUCCUCUCCUCCAUCUCAUCCUCCGUUCUUUCCUACCGCCUCCUUUUCCGCUCCACCGUCCUCCGGAGCGUCUUUCCAGCAUGGCGGUCCAGGAUCUCCUGUGUCCUACAUGCCUCCUCCUCUUCAUCCUCCACCGAGCGGAGUCUCAGGCCCUCAGAACGGCUGGAACGAUCCUCCGGCUCUGAACCGAGCACCAAAGAAGAAGCAUCUUGCAGAGAACUACACCCCACCGGCUCCCAUCACAUCGCCCAUCAUGGCCCCGCUGGGCGCCGACCCCCAAGCCCAGCCCAUCUCCUCCGGGGCCACGAUGCAGAGCCCGCACGGUGCCCAGGUCCCCUUCUCAGGCAUGCAGCAGCAGCUGUCCCCUCCACCCAUGAACCCUGCAAUGCCCAACACCAGCAUGGAGGGUGCACCAGGAGCUCCGACCGGAGAUGUGAUCCAGCCUCUGCAGUCCAUCCCUGCUGAGAAGAUCAUGAAGAAGCCCAUUCCUGACGAGCACCUGGUCCUGAAGGCCACGUUCGAGGGGCUGAUCCAGAAGUGUUUGGCUGUAGCGACCGACCCUCAAACCAAGAGGAAGCUGGACGAUGCCAACAAACGCUUGGAAUCUCUGUACGACAAGCUCAGAGAGCAGACGCUCUCUCCCGCCAUCGUGGGUGGACUUCACAACAUAGCCCGAAGCAUCGAGUCCCGCUCCUACACGGAGGGCCUGAGCAUCCACACCCACAUCGUCAGCAGCAGCAACUUCAGCGAGACGUCGGCGUUCAUGCCCGUUCUGAAGGUGGUGCUGACACAAGCCAACAAACUCGGGGUGUGACCAGGCGGAGGUCCGUCUCCGAGCCGAGGGCCCGCCGAGGGCCCGCCGGCGGGCGGCCGAUUUUCCAGAGAGCUUCGUUCCACCAGGCGUCAUCAGAAAUGCUCACUUCUUCUUUGUGCCAUUUAUGUUUCUAUGACUCGAACACAAGCCAUGCUGUCAGUCACACUCGGUGGUGAAAGUAAAAAGGGCUAUAUAAAAAAUCCACUAUAACCACAAUCUCACCUCCAGACGAGCUGCUGGAAGAAUCCGCUUUUAAUUCAGACCUUUAAUCAUGUGGAUUUAUGGAGAACAUGAUGAAUAUGCAACAUUCUGUCGUAAUGACAUAUAAUCAUUUUUUAAUAUAAGUGUCAGGAAUCAAAGUGAAGAGCAGCAGGUUUGUACAGUUUUAGGGCAUUUCUGUCGACAUAAUGACAAAAAAUUGUUUAAAUAAAUAAAAUCUCAGUUAAAGCAGAUUCCUCAUGCAUGAUUUGGGCUCAUAGCUCCUGCAGUUGUGCAACUUUUAGAUUCAGACAUUAGCUUUUUCCAUCUUUAUAAAAUUUCAGAUUUGUGCACUACAACAUAGCUCCCCCCUCCCCUUUUAUAACUCAUGAAUAUGCUUUAUUCUCCCCUAAAAGUCCUAAUAACAGCUUUAUGUGUGCAUUUGAAUGCAUCGUUGCUUGCAUGCAUGUUGCAGAUCUGUAGGUUCUAACAUCAGGAAGGAAAAUGGGGAUUAAUUAAACACAGGCCAUUAACGUAUCUGACUCCCGGUAGAGCUGGAAACCCUCCUGCUCUCACUGGCUUGCUUUCACCACUGGUGUCACAUGUUGAAGAAAUUCAUGUUUUAUUUCUGUAUUUUUAUGUUUUCAGUGUAGUCUUGAGGCUUAGCACAGUGCAAUGAACUUUACAAAAAGAGGCUUUUUUGGAAUUUUAAAGUAUGCUCAACGUUUGCAGUCGUCUAUGAAGGGCUGGAGGUAAUUAUCUGGUGAUUAAUCGGACCUCAGAGGGAAACUGGAAGGAGACUUGUACUUGAUUUUCAUUCCAGCUUGGAUGUGGGCUGAAGCCCGAGCGCUCAGCCUCACUUUCUGUUGUUCAUAAAAGAAAACAAGUUUUCUUUUAGGCUAAAAGAAAACAAGUUUUCUUUUAGCCUUUUAGACGGACUACAGGCAAUAUUUUCAAUAAA